AAACCAGGAAUCGCCACUCACCUCGCUCCCACCUCCAAUUCCACUCACACCUUCAAAUAAAACUGCCCUUUCCUUUCUCUUCCAAAGCUUUAGUUUCGCUAUUCAUCAAAUUGAUUUUCACCUUCUUGUUUUUCUUGCUUCACCUUCAAUUCUUUGUACAUUUUCCUCUCUGUACUUCCGAAUUACGCGUAUUUUCUCGCGUACCUUCCGUAUUACUUAAACUCUUUAUUUGAAAUCGAGAAAAAAAGAUUAAAUCUUGGGAUGCGUUAGUUUGGUUCUUUGCAAAAGCAGGAAGAAUGGAGGGGAUCAUAAUAGAUUGGUGGUAGUUUCCUGGCCAUAAUUGUCGGUUCUUGUGCUGUCUUUGAGUUAGGAUCGAUGGAACACUUGUAUAGCUGUCCACGUGCUUGAGUAAAUGCCCCAGAGGCAAAUUUAAAAAGAAAAAUUAUAUAUUUUUAAAAAUUUUAUAAAAAUGCAAUUUAAGGUUGCUUGCCAAGUGAAUGUGGAUUGUUGAGAGGGCUAUUUGUAGCUUAAGGUUUACAAAUUACAAGACAUUUCAUCAAUUCUGAGAUUUGAUGGAUUAAUUGGUUUGGAAAGAAGAAUGAGUUCAGGGUGUAGUUCGCCCCCACGGUGUGAUGGGGGAUCAGAGAAUGAGGCUUGCAAGGAUGAGAUGGAAUUCAAGGUUGAUGGAAAUCAGGGGCAGAUUGAUAUUUCAGGCCAGGGAAAUGCAGGGAAACCUCCCAGGAAUCUCAUGAUCCGACAUAGUAUCAGUCAGGCAACCUUGGCAGGUAUCUUUGAAUUGGAAUCGACAAGCCAAAUUACUGGUCUUAAAUCUCCACCAAUUGGGAGUCCUGGGAUUGUCCCUGUAUUUCGCUCAGGAAGCUGCUCUGAAAUCGGACCAAAAACAUAUAUGGAAGAUAGGCACAUCUGUGUGGAUGAUCUUCACAAACAUUUUAAUACUGCCCAAAAGUUUCCUUCUCCUAGUGCUUUUUAUGGGGUGUUCGAUGGGCACGGUGGUGUUGAUGCUGCAACAUUUGCUCAACAAAAUCUCCUUAACUACAUUGUUGAGGAUUCCCAUUUUCCUUCUGCCGUGAAAAGAGCUAUUAGGAAUGCUUUUGUGAAAGCUGAUCAUGCACUAGCCGAUGCUAAAUCACUUGAUAGUUCCUCUGGUACAACUGCUCUGGCUGCACUUAUGUUAGGACGGACAACGCUAAUUGCUAAUGCUGGGGACUCUCGAGCUGUGCUAGGAAAAAGAGGCAGAGCAAUUGAGUUAUCGAAGGACCACAAGCCCAAUUGCACAUCUGAAAGAUUGCGAAUUGAGAAACUAGGAGGUGUGAUUUAUGAUGGCUAUCUCAACGGCCAACUAUCAGUUGCACGAGCUCUCGGUGACUGGCAUCUGAAGGGCCCCAAGGGCUCAAAGUGCCCUCUAAGCGCGGAGCCGGAGUUGGAAGAGGUAGUCUUGACCGAGGAGGACGAGUUCUUGAUUAUGGGGUGUGACGGGUUGUGGGAUGUGAUGAGCAGCCAGUGCGCAGUAACAAUUGUGAGGAAGGAGCUUAUGCUGCACAAUGAUCCCGAGAAGUGCGCGAAAGAGCUGGUCAGGGAGGCACUCAAGCGCAACACGUGCGACAAUCUGACAGUAGUGAUCGUCUGCUUCUCCCCCGACCCACCUCCUCGGAUAGAAAUCCCGAGAUUCUCGAGGAGGAGGAGCAUAUCGGCUGAAGGACUGGAUCUCUUAAAGGGUGUAUUGAGUAGCAUAUAAAAGGGAUGGGUUUGUACCAAUAUUAUAUUGUAUAGAUGAACAUGGAGCCAUUACCACUGUUUGGGAUUUUUCUGAGCUUCUGCUGUCCCUGGGUUGUGGCCACACCAUUCAUUCAUCAUUCUUGACUUCAAUAGAGCCUAUGUAUCAUUUUGGACAGUUGAGAGAAUUCAUUGUUUUUCUUCACUUAAUUGUUAACACUUGGGUGUAGUUAUCAUCAAUAAAUGCUGAAAGUGCAUCUUUAAUUUGCUCUUAAA